GCGCUGCUCACUUCCUGGUUCCCUCUCCUCCCCCGCCCGCCCCCGGGAGCGUGAAUGUAGCGCGUUGGUGGGAGAGGAAGGUGUAGAGGCGCGCGCUUGCCGGGGCGUCGCGAGCUGCCUUCCGCCGCUAGCGGAGCGGAUGGAACGUCUGGCUGGGCGCUGGAAGGUGGACCCGGGAGGCGCGAGCGGCGGCGGCGGCGGCGUGUUGCUUCAUCCCCAGCCCUGAUCCAAGAAUGGACAUUAUAGCCUAUGAUGAUUACUCCAAUCCACCGAUGCAGAGAUAUUGAGAGGAAACCGGAAUACCUUCAACCGGACCAGUGCGUUCCACCUCCCAGCCGCGGUUCCUCGGGAACAAUGUGGUUUAUCCGUGAUGGCUGUGGUAUUGCCUGUGCGGUCGUCACUUGGUUCCUGGUCUUCUAUGCCGACUUUGUGGUCAUCCUUGUGAUGCUUCUUCCCUCCAGAGACUAUAUUUACAGCGUGAUCAACGCCAUAGUUUUCAACACAUUGGCGUUCCUGGCUCUGGCUUCGCACAUGAGAGCUAUGGUAACAGAUCCAGGUGCAGUCCCCAAAGGUAACGCCACAAAAGAGUUCAUAGAAAGUUUGCAGCUGAAGCCGGGGCAAGUAGUUUACAAGUGUCCAAAAUGCUGUAGCAUCAAACCUGACAGAGCGCAUCACUGCAGCGUUUGCAAGAGGUGUAUACGGAAAAUGGAUCACCACUGCCCAUGGGUUAACAACUGCGUGGGAGAGAACAACCAGAAGUACUUUGUACUGUUUACAAUGUAUAUAGCACUUAUUUCCCUUCAUGCCCUGAUCAUGGUUGGAUUUCACUUCCUGUAUUGCUUUGAAGAAGACUGGACAAAGUGCAGUUCUUUCUCUCCACCGACGACUGUGAUCCUUCUUAUCCUCUUGUGUUUUGAGGCGCUCCUCUUCCUAAUCUUCACAUCUGUAAUGUUUGGAACGCAGGUACACUCCAUCUGCACUGAUGAAACGGGAAUAGAACAGUUGAAAAAAGAAGAGAGAAGAUGGGCUAAAAAAACAAAAUGGAUGAACAUGAAAGCAGUAUUUGGCCACCCGUUCUCUAUAGUUUGGCUUAGCCCAUUUGCCACUCCCGAUCAAGGAAAAGCAGACCCUUAUCAGUAUGUGGUCUAAGAAUCCAUGAACAGUAUUUCCACUAAAACACAAAAACCACAUUUACAGCACUACUGUUAUUCUACAUGAAUGUUUCAAACGAAUUUUUUUAAAGAAAAAAAAAACGCCUAUUAAAUGGCUGAUGAUGGCAGAGAAAAGACAAAAAAAAAAGCGCCCUGUAGUCUAAAAACAACUAAAAAAGAGAACUUUUUGGUCAUUCUUUGUCUCUGGUGGCUAAAGCUUUUUUUUCUUUUCUUUUUUAACCUGUUAACUUGAUGGGUCUGUUUUGGUUUCCUGUCUGCUUUCUGUAUGACAUAACUAAUGGAAAAGGGGUGUGUGUGUCUCUUUUCUUGGUGCCCACCUCCAGUCUUUACACACCCUGACUGGCACCCGAGUGACAGUCUGUGCCAACAGUGCCAUCUCGUUUCUAACAAAUUAUGGACUUUGGGAUGGCAGCUGACGCUUUCGGUGAGCUAUGGGGGUCUCUUCGUGUUGCGGUAUUCCCUUCCACCCCCACCCUGAGCUUUUAAGCCUCGCUAAGAACCGAAAGAUGGAAGAACAAAAGUCCGAGCCUGUCUAAGGGUCCGCUAAUAACAAAAUUGCCUAGCUUUUAAUGUCUCAAACGUAUUGCCGACAUUACCGUACUUUGGAAAGCUACAGAAAGGAUUCCAUCUCCUCCCCCCUUUUUUCAAUUUUUUUACACUGUUUGGUUCCAUCCUCUCCCUUGUUCCUGGGUUAAACGGCGGAAGGUUUUUGUCGGCCUGUGUGGGUUUUGAUGCCUUAGGAUUGGAGGAGGGGGAAAUCUUUAUUUCAAUGUAUAGAAUAGCAAGAUGAUGUCUGUCUUUGUUUUGGAAAAUAAAAGGAGGGAUGCUUGUUCAGCAGUGUUCAUAUGUAUGUAGGCUUGCCGGUCCAAAUGAGAACCUAAGCACAGAAUGUUUCUGUAGAUGCGUUGUCUUUUUUAAAAAGAAAUAUUGCCACCUUUUUUAUAUCUCUGUAAAUGUCUUUUCUCCUUUAUAUUUAUACAUAUUAUAUAUUUUACAUUGGGGAGAUGUCAAGUGUUAAAGGAUCAUGCAUGUCUUCUGUCAUGGCUUUGUGGACGGCAAACUCUAUAUGUAGUAAGAUCUGGGAAACGGGGACUUGAGUCGAGGGCAUUCUGUAUAAGACAAAAGCGAGUAGAAUUAACUAGAUUACAAACUGAAAUGACUUGAGUCUGUAGAAUUAUUAUUUUUUGGGUAUCUCGACAGGGAUUUUAUUGUAUAUUUUGGAUCCAAAAAACUACUGAUUAGAGCCAUCAUAGUAAUUGCAAAAACAAAACAAAACCCAGCACUAUAAAAUGGUAGAACUGCAAAUAAGCUAUGCUCCUGAAUUAAUUCUUUUGACUGAAUCAAAGCCGGGGUGGGAAUCAGUGAAGGAGGCUAAGAUCUGUCUCGUUUCAGAACUAUGUAAAUGCUGCAUCUUUUCAAUUCUGUCAAUGCUUCCAUAUGGGAAACAAAUGCAAUAAACCUUUUCUGAACACU